AUGGAGGUGGAUCGUAUCUUUUAUAUAUUCGGCAGUUUCUCAAGGAAAAAGCAGGACAGACGCAAGUCUUUAGAACAAACCUCAGUAAGUGCUGGAAACAGUCCUAUGAAGAUUAGAUCUAGACCUGGGAGCCAAAACAUGCCAGCCAGGACAUCUGCGUACCAAUUAGAUAGCGUGGUUAGAGAAUGGGAGUGUGGGGUGUGCAAGAAGGAGCUCGUGGAGCCAAGGUUGCUUGCCUGCCUUCACAGCUUCUGUACAAGGUGUCUUCAGGGUCUACCGUUGGAAGGAGAGUCAGAAAACUGGAGCGAUAUAGAUGUAUCAAUACAACAAGACUCCAGUACUAGAUCCGCAUCAGGCAGUGGAAGUGCCAGUGGUAGUGGUUCUGCAGCAUCAGGAUACGAGAGUGAAAGAAACUCCGACUCUGAUGCUAGUUUUAAUCAGAAACCUCGCAAAUUCGGAAUUUAUACAAAAAAGGUAUCAGGCAAGAGUAUCCAUUUCGUAGUAUGCCCAACAUGUUUGGGGGAGACGCCACUCCCCUUGGGUGGAGUAUCAGCGUUACCUUUGAACUAUGUGUUGUUGAGGAAAAUCGCAAGUCGAGAUGCUGCCAAUAUUCUAUGUGAUCUGUGCAGUAGUGAUUGCAAGGCCGAGAGUAGAUGUGACGAAUGCCUUCUAAGCAUCUGUACAUCGUGUGCUGAUUCGCAUCGGAAGCAGAAGACAACAUCCAAACAUCCCGUUCAUCCCAUAGAUCCUCCAGUCAGAUAUUGCACCCAACAUCCACGUUCCGAGUUGAGUGUGUACUGCGCAACUUGUCAGCAGGUAGUUUGCCGUGAUUGUUGUGUUAUAUCUCAUUCGGGGCAUGCUCUUGCAAACGCUUCACGGGCGGCAAAAGAACGCGCUCGGCAAGUGCGUGACGCGUGCGAGAGAGCGAAGCAUGUACCAGAUAAUGUUGAAAGAGCCACCAGGAUACUCCACGUGCAUGCUUAUGAAGUUGAGACCCAAGCAUCCCGUGUGGAAGCAGAGAUUCGUGCGUGGACAGAAGAAUACAAACGUGCAGUGGAAGCUCACGGGCGCGCCUUAUGUACUGCCGCAGCCAGGGCUAGAACCUCAUGCAGAGAGAAGAUAGAACAGAAGACACGACAGCUGGAAGAAAGAACACAACACGCGUUGGAUGCCGUCCAGUUUGCUGAAGAGCUCCUCUCAGAAGGCAAAGAAGACGAGGUAUUGUCUUUAAGCGGGCCGGUACUCCGUCGUCUCGAGAGGCUGACGGAGCUUCAGCCCGUGUCGGAGCCCCCUCGAUGCGAGUUGCGCUUCGCCCCUGACGCGCCAGGACCGGAAAAUCGCUUAGUAGGAAGACUACUCACGCAGGCCGCUGAUCCGGAUAAAUGCGUUUUAAAUACCGAAGGAUUUCAAGAUCUGCAAGUAGAAUACCCGCAUGAAGCAGUACUAGAACUACAUGACGGCAAAGAUGAGAGGAUAUGGUGUGGAGGAGAGCAGGUAUGUGGCUACUUUAGAAGACGGGAUUCCUCAGCCAGGCCCGCCUUAGCGCGGGUAAGAGACAGAGGUGAUGGUUCCUACACGGUAACCUUUGCGGCUCCUAGCCCCGGAGCUUACUUGCUAGCCGUCACGCUUAACAAUACUCCAAUUAAGGGCAGUCCAUUCACCUGCUGCGCGCGAGUGAUGAAAGCUCACUCGGGUCAGUUCCACUGUUGCUCGUUCUGUUCUUCUGGUGGACGAAGGGAUGUUACUUGCGCUUGUGGAUCUACUAUGGCUGGUGGCUAUAAAGGUUGUGGCCACGGUCACGCUGGUUGGCCUGGGACAAGGCACUGGUCGUGUUGUGGAAACACCAGACGAAAUGCACCCUGCGCAAGACCACCACAACAAUUAUACCAAUUUUCUCUGUAA